CCGCUCUUUUCCGGUUGUGUGUCGAUCCUUCGGUUCGGUAAAACAGCACUGUGGAUUGCCGCGAUGUCAGUUCAGGUUGUGGCAGCGAAAAUGGCUGAGGUCGAGCUAAAAGACGUCCCCAAGAAAGAAUUGCCGGUCGUUUCACCUGUUAACCCCAAGACAGAUGAAAAGGGCUCGUUAAACAACGAGGCGAAUGUUUUGGUGACAUCUCCCGUGUCGGAGCCCUGUGUCAGGGGCGACCCGAGUCCUGUGAGCCCGAACCCGGUGAAGAUGCCUCAAGCGUCUGCGAUGAAGCGACCGGAUCCGCAACAAAACGGUGGAGACGCGUUCGUUAACAGCGACGGCACGGUGGCCGAGGCUCCUCGCAUGAAAAAGCAGAUCCAGUUUGCAGACCAGAAGCAGGAGUUCAACAAACGGCCCACCAAGAUCGGACGGCGCUCUCUAUCUCGCUCCAUCUCUCAGUCCUCUACAGAUAGCUACAGCUCAGCUGCCUCCUACACUGAUAGCUCAGAUGAUGAGACCUCUCCUCGAGACAAGCAGCAGAAGAACUCCAAAGGCAAUGGAGAUUUCUGCAUCAAGAACAUCAAGCAGGCUGAGUUUGGUCGCAGAGAGAUAGAAAUUGCUGAGCAGGAGAUGCCUGCUCUCAUGGCUCUGAGGAAAAGAGCUCAGGGAGAAAAGCCCCUAGCUGGAGCUAAAGUGGUGGGCUGCACUCACAUCACGGCCCAGACUGCUGUGCUGAUGGAGACUCUGUCUGCAUUGGGUGCUCAGUGCAGAUGGGCUGCCUGUAACAUAUAUUCCACCCAGAAUGAGGUGGCAGCUGCCCUGGCAGAGGGAGGUUUCUCUGUGUUUGCUUGGAAGGGUGAGUCUGAGGAUGAUUUCUGGUGGUGCAUCGAUCGCUGUGUGAACGUGGAGGGUUGGCAACCCAACAUGAUUCUGGAUGAUGGUGGAGACCUGACACACUGGAUCUAUAAGAAAUACCCCAAUAUGUUCAAGAAGAUCAAAGGCAUUGUGGAGGAAAGUGUGACAGGAGUUCACAGGCUGUACCAGCUGUCAAAGGCAGGGAAACUGUGUGUGCCUGCCAUGAACGUCAAUGACUCAGUCACCAAGCAGAAAUUUGACAAUCUCUAUUGCUGCCGUGAGUCAAUUCUGGAUGGUUUGAAGAGGACCACAGAUGUGAUGUUCGGAGGGAAACAGGUGGUGGUGUGUGGUUAUGGAGAGGUUGGAAAGGGCUGCUGUGCUGCUUUGAAGGCAAUGGGUUCCAUCGUUUAUGUCACAGAAAUUGACCCUAUUUGUGCUUUGCAGGCCUGCAUGGAUGGCUUCAGACUGGUCAAACUGAACGAGGUCAUCAGACAAGUGGACAUUGUCAUCACCUGCACAGGGAACAAGAAUGUGGUGGUGAGAGAAAACCUGGACCGUAUGAAGAACGGCUGCAUCGUCUGCAACAUGGGCCACUCGAACACUGAGAUCGAUGUGGCCAGUCUGAGGACCCCCGAGUUGACCUGGGAGCGUGUGAGAUCACAGGUGGACCAUGUGAUCUGGCCUGAUGGCAAGAGAAUAGUGUUACUGGCAGAGGGUCGCCUCCUCAACCUAAGCUGUUCUACUGUUCCCACAUUUGUCCUGUCCAUCACAGCCACAACCCAGGCUCUGGCUCUAAUAGAGCUGUACAAUGCUCCAGAGGGCCGCUACAAACAGGAUGUUUACCUGCUGCCUAAGAAGAUGGAUGAGUAUGUGGCCAGCCUUCACUUGCCCACAUUUGAUGCCCACCUCACUGAGCUGAGUGAUGAGCAGGCCAAGUACUUAGGCCUGAACAAAAAUGGGCCCUUCAAGCCAAAUUACUACAGGUAUUAAAGCACCUCGCCAAUGGAAAAUGAAGAUUAUAGAAUUAUCCAGACUCAUCAAUCCAGGGGAAGCUGGGAUUCAGACUCUCUAUCAGGGGGAGGGCGAGGCUCUGUGCUGAUUGGCUGGAGCCUUGGUGUGGCUUGCAAUGGCUGCAGUGGUUUUUAUUUAUUUUCUGCUACAAAUAGCAUAACUCUAAUCUUUUUAUGAGCUGCUACUGCUAGUGGCCCUACUGCUAGCACCAUCUUUAUGGAGAUUUCACCCUUUCAUCCUCUUUAGAUUCAUGUGUUAGUUGUAUGUAAUCCAUUUAGAGAUCUUUUGUUUAAUCUUGGCUAAGCUGAUUUGACAAAACUGAAAAAAAAGGAAAAGAAACAAAUGUUCCAAUUUUGACCUUUAAUGAUUUUGUGUUGGACAUGCAGUUUGUCCUGUUGUCUUUUUUUUUUUUAACUUCUGGUUUGUUUUUAAUGAAAUGGUGGGUUGGGACACAGUUAUGGCUGGGUCCAGCGGUCCUAAUUAUAUAUUCUCUUUCCUCUUUUCUCCUACAAAGUGAUUUUUUUUUUUACUAAAGUUUUAGGAUUUGUUUUUUUCCGUUCUAGUUCAAUUUUAACAGGACACUGAUAAAUGUGGGGGCAGAGCCUCUUUACCCCGCUGGCACUGCAACUGGACACAGAUUAUUUCGUUGGCCAGGUGCUGCCCAUCUCAGUGUGUCUCCCAAAGAGGCUGUAUUUCGGUAAUGAAAUGAAGCCAGUAUUAAUGGUUUAAAUGUUCCCUCUAUUGAGCCUUUCUCAUGUUCUAGUUCUUGAUUUUUCUCACCACAUUAUUCCAUUAUUGCAGAUGCUUUUCAGGCUGUAUAAUCAUUCACAGGGGUGUAUAUUUAAAUAUUUAUACAGAAAACUAAGAUUUUUCUAUCUUCUACUUCCCGUUUCUGUUCCCAUGAAAUCAUCCUGUAUUAAUAUAGAGAUAAGCAAAUUAAAUGUUCUAUUACAUUUUAGUGUAAUGUUAAAUGUACUGAAAUGUUCAAUUUAUAUACUGUGAAGUAAAGAUUAUUUUGAUGAAAUACCAAAUGUAUAGUCAGGCCGGUACGCAGUUCCUUCACCAGGUCCUCCAUGAUUUGUCUAAAAAUGGGAGGAUCAGGUGUAACAAAGUGACUUCGGUGCACAUUUCAGUGUUUUAAGGAGUGUUUGGAGCAAACUGCUUUGUUUUAACAGUUCUCAAAGCUGCCUUGACUGAAUGGCUUAUUGAAACGGGACAAAAUGCGGCCCUUUAUUUCACUACACUUUACAAAUGACCUUUAUCACAGAUGACUAUUUCAUCUUUGAUCAACUCUCAUAAAGAGAGUGAAUCGCUUCUUCAGACUCCAUUUAGCUGUGCUUCCUUUAGCAUUUUCUUCUUUUACUGCAUAGCAAAAUAGUUUAUUGAGACCAACAAUACACACGUCUUAGAUUUUAGUGUUAAUGCAUCAGAUCUCUACAACAAUUCAAAUACCUGGUUUUGUAUGUUUAUUCUGAUUAUAACAGUGUUAAGAAGGUCUCACCUCGCUUGUCUCCUAAGGUGUUGCCAAGCUCAGCAUUACUACACCACAACUCCUGAAACACUUCAUGACAUCCCCUAGCAGUUGCUCUAAUGAUAUUGUAUUUUAUGCUGACAUACACUUGGUAUUAGGUUUAUGUACCGAAGCCCUAUACUGUAUCGCCAUGUUCCAGUUCCAGUUAUUACCCCCAACUGUCUGUCGUUUUCUCCAUCUGUCUGUGUUUAGUCGACAACACUUGUGCUGACCUUGAUGUGUCUUAAUUUUAUUUUUUUCAAAUUUAAUUUUUCUGUUUGUAUGUGUUGGGUGUGCAUACAUCUUAUGUGUGUUUGAGGGGGCUCGUGUGUGUGUACAGGUUUUUUUUUUUUUAAGAAGGCCAGAAUUAUGUCGCAGUGUUGCUGUUGACUCAGGAUCCAAGCCUCUGUCUAAGGCUGACUUGAUCAGUGAUCCCACAGCAGCACGUGCAGCGAGUUAACACCAGCAUCUCGUAUAAAAACGAGCUUAGUAGGAAAUCAGAUCCACUCCUGUAUUUAUUGUAUUCAGUACAAAUAAGAGAAUCUUUAAUGUUACUUUGUCAAAACAAUGUUUAAAUAUUUCAAAUUGAUGGUAGAUGAGCAAUAAUCAAUAUGUAACCUGAAAGAAUGAAAUAAAAGUCAUAAAAAAUG